GAGAUCGAGAGAGAGAGAGAGAGAGAGUUAAACAAGUGUAUUUGUUGCCUAACAACUGUGUCAGACAAGAGGGAAAACUUUCGACUUCGGAUGAAUUUUGAAGUCGUUCGCAGAGGAACAACAUCCCCGCCUCCUGAAUGAACAUACGAGCGCCCUGUUUUCCACGCCUCCAAUAAAAAAAGGAAAAACGCAAAAAGAGAAAAAACGCCAAGAAUUUUGAGAUUUCCACCAGAUGGAUGUGUCGCUUCAGCACGCAAUCCCGUCAGCAAUUAGAAAAUAGCAGUGAUGAGCUGUACGUGUGAUAAAAUGGUAGCUGAAAACACCAUGAUCAAAGAUGAACUUCCCAGAUGAGCUGGCAUGGUCCUGAAAGAUAUGGAGGUGGGAAAUCUGCCUGCUGAGCUAUGGCGCCUCAUCUUGGCAUACCUGCCUCUGCCAGACCUGGGCCGCUGCUGUCUGGUGUGCAGAGCCUGGCGUGAGCUUAUUCUGAGUUUGGACAGCACACGCUGGCGCCAGCUCUGUCUAGGGUGCCCUGAAUGCCGCCACCCAAACUGGCCUCGUCGCCCCAACCUUUCUCCACCCUCCUGGAGAGAGGCUCUCCGUCAGCAUGCUCUUGCCAGCCGUACCUGGACCCAGAAUGGCUCUGAGCUCCACUCGUCUGCCUGCCUCCACCUUUUCCGUCGGAGGAAAGAUCGCAGGGUUUGGCAUGUUGGCACAGUGGCAGGUGGCGGCUAUGAGACUCUCCGGGGGGCGCUGGCUGCGGCAGGGCCGUACGAUAAAGUGGUGCUCCAUGCCGGUGUGUAUGAGGAGCAGGUGGAGGUGGCCCUCAAGGUGCCUGUGGAGAUUGUUGGAAUGGGGAAGUUGGGAGAUGUGUCAUUGUUGGUGAGCUUUGAUCAGCAAUGCCCAACAGCGAGGCUGUGCAAUUUGGUGUUCAUGCCAGCAUGGUUUUCACCUGUGAUUUAUAAGACAUCCUCAGGUCAUGUCCAGUUGGACAACUGUAACUUUGAGGGCUGUCAGCUGCAUAUUCGGGGGCCAGGGACAUGUCAAGCCCGUUUCUGCUCCUUUGCCCAGGGAAGCUCCGCCCAUUUUCUGGGUGUGGCCAUUAGUUUAAUGGACAGCUGUGAAUUCUCAGGUGGAGAUUCUGCCUCUGUAACUGUGGAAGGCACACCGGUAUCUGAACGCAACUGGGCCUGCAAGCACCUGAUUGCCUUGGCCAAGACCUUUACCAUGAUGACUAGUAAUUGGUCAGUGGAACUAUCCAAUCAGGAGGGGAAAGAAAGUAUUUAUGGAGACACACACUUAGAGGGUCUUAACACAAUGGAGGACUGGAGUAAACAGGAAGUAGACUGGACCAAGCAGAAAGGAGGAGAUAAUGUUCUUCUUCCAGGUCAGGAUGGCACAGUAAUUGAGGAAGAUGGCAUGGAAACAUCAAGCGAGUCGAGCGAGGAAGACGAUCAAGAAAAUGAGAAAAGCACAGGCUUAAAACUUUCUUAUGACCAGCAUGGCCUAGCUCAUCUUUCCAAACUGUGCUUGCCUGAUUCUUCCGCAUUUCCUGCACUGUUGGGUCUGUCUGCAGAGCUGCAGAGGGAUUCAGAGGCACGGGAGUUAGCCUCAUCAGUUCAAGGCUGCCUGCUGUGGCGCUGUCUGCUGCGAGACGGAAAAGGUGGCGUGCACCUCUGCAAUCACGGUCAAGCUCGACUGGAGGCUAACGUGUUCAGAGGCCUCAACUAUGCAGUGCGCUGCAUCCAGAAUGCCAGAAUGGUGAUGUUGCGUAAUGAAGUGUGUGGGUGCAAGGCGUCUGGAGUGUUCUUGCGACUCUCUGCUCAAGGUCUCAUUGCUGAGAACAACAUCCAUUCAAACGGAGAGGCGGGACUAGACAUCAGGAAAGGCGCCAAUCCUAUCAUACUGUGUAACAGAAUCCACAGUGGCUUGCGUUCUGGGAUCGUUGUCCUGGGCAACGGGAGAGGUUCCAUUCGCAGUAACCAGAUCUUUGGCAACAAGGAAGCUGGCGUGUACAUUCUUUUCAAUGGCAAUCCUGUUGUCAGUGGAAAUCACAUUUUCCAGGGGCUUGCUGCAGGCAUCGCUGUCAAUGAAAACGGAAGAGGACUGAUCACUGAGAACGUUAUUAGGCAGAAUCAGUGGGGAGGUGCUGAUAUCCGGCGAGGAGGUGAUCCAGUCCUGCGUAAUAACUUCAUCUGUUAUGGCUACUCGGAUGGAGUGGUGGUGGGAGAGAGAGGGAGAGGCAUCAUUGAAGGCAAUCACAUAUAUGGCAACAAAGGCUGUGGAGUGUGGGUUAUGUCCUCUAGUUUACCUCAGCUCAUUGGAAACUAUAUUACACAUAACCGCAUGUACGGGCUGGCUGUCUUCUGCCGGAAGGACGCAGAGUCUGGAGUGAGCCGAGAGGGCUACCGCCCUCUACAUGAGAGAGACAGAGGAGUGGGGCUUGCAGAGAGGGACAGAGGAGGGCCAGAGAACUUCAAUGAGGAAGGAGAACUGAUGGCAUGGGAAAGCGAUAUUGACAGCGAAGACGAGCGCUUUUGCUCUCGUCGGCCAAUCACAGUUGCUUUAGUGGAAAACAACUGCAUGAGCCACAACGGAGCUGUUGGAGUCUAUGUAAAGAGCAGUGAGCCUUUGAAUGUGGUGGCUAACAUGGUGAACAAUAACAGAGGAGCCGGCGUGUCUAUCAUUCAGAGUGCUCAGCUGACACGCUUAGUUGGCAACUGUGUCCUCUGUAAUGGCUGGAUGGGCGUGGCCGUGGACAGAGAGUGCCGGGUAGAACUGCGCGGCAAUGGCAUUUACAGCAACGGUUGUCAUGGCGUCUGCUUCCGAGGCGAUGGGCUGAUUGUGGAAAAUGAUGUGGUUGGAAAUAAUGCUGUUGGAAUACGAGUGAUGGACAGUGCAGAUGUUAAAGUGUUGAGGAAUCGCGUUCAGGCGUUGCGAGGUUAUGGGAUUUCUGUGAAGGAGCGGGUCCGAGGUGUCGUUCAGGAAAACCUGGUUUAUCAGGGCCACCCGAUGAGUACUAAAGCCCCCAUACGGACAAAUCUGCAGAACCUGGAGUGUGUCGUACUUAACAAUUCUCUGCUCAAACCCAGAUCACAAACCCUUUGGGCGUUGGAAAAUCCACCUCCUCGUCCCCACAAUAGUAAUCCCUCUAGUGUCACCCCCUCAACCCACCCUGCUCACCUUGCUAUCACCAUGACAAACAGAAUCACUGCCUCUGUAGAAAGUGGUUGCCAUAACAACGGCAGCAUCUUCUGCUGUAUUCUAUGAGGUACAUGGCCUCAUAGCUCAAUGACAUGAGAUCAACAUUCAUAAAAUUGAUUCCUCAAUGCAAGUCCUUAAAGGGAUAGUUCACUCACAAAUGAAAAUUCUAUCAUCACUAACCCUUAUGUUUUUUCAAUCCGGUAUGACUUUCUUCUGUGAAAUACAAAAGGAGAUGUUAGGCAGAAUGUUAGAAUGUCACCAUUAACUUUCUUUUCAUUCAAUAAAAGUGAAUAGUGACUGUGGCUAACAUUCUGCUUAACAUUUUCUUGUGCGUUUCACGGAAGUCAGUCAGUCAUAUGGGUUUGGAACAACAUGAGGGUGUGUAAAAGAUUUUUGGGUGAACUAUCCAUUUGAACCACCUGAGCAGAGAAGGAAAGGAGGAUGGAGUAGAGCUUUAAGAACUUCUUCACCAUGCUUGGCUGGAGGAGGAACAAUCCAAAAAUUUUUUGUAAACGUUUCUGGAUUGAGCCUCAACCACUUGAUGUUCAAAUGGUCAAGAAGCACUUAGCUAUUUUUAUUUUAUUUUUUUAAAUAUCUUUCACCAAAGGUAGGUUGUUUGGUAGUUUGACAAUUCUGAAUCAAACUAUCAAGGGUUAUGACCACUUUUUGUCACCAGUCUUGCGUCUAAAAUGAACCAUUUCACUUACUGAAAAUGGAAGUGAAACUGGUCUAGGAUCAGUGUUUAUGAGCACUUUCUGUAUUUUCUUGUGUACCUGAAGUCUGAUCACGCACAGGCUGUCUACCGUUCCAUCUGCAAGCUGCCAUCCCACCCAAUAUAGUGCACAUUUGUGUUGGGAUCAGCUUAAACUUGCUUUUAUCACAUUUUUAUGAGACAGAACUAGACUGGAAGACUGUGUAAUGAAGAAUUGCUGAAUGCCAUUUAUCAACAAUUGAAGGAACUUCAGCCUGUUAUCAUUUUACAGUAGCUGUAAACACAAAGUCAGAAGGGAGAAAGAGACCGACACGGGAAGUAGAAGAGAGAGACUAUGCAUGUGGCUUUAUCUCUCUUGUCCCAGAAGAACAGAUCUCUUGCUGAAAAUAGAUGAUAAACAGGUUCUCUGCACCCUGGGAAUUGUAGUCCUGCUGGCUUCUGCUGAGAUUCUGCAACGGAUAACAACAUCACAGCACUUACAUUUGGUACAAAGAUGCAGCCAGGUUCAGCUUCAUCACAUCAAGGGGCGAUAUUCAAGAAUUUUUAUGAACUUGAGCACAUGAUUGAAGGGUUGAGUUUUCUCUUACAACCAGGCAACCCAACUUCAGCAAACUAAAUAUAAAGGUUUGGAUGAAUAGCAGAAGAAACAAUUUAGAGGUCUUAAAUGUGAUUUCACAGUCGCUGAUCCAAGAUCACUGAUCCAAAUUAAUGAAUUGUUUAUUUUGAACUGUAUAUGCAAUAGGCGCUGUGAUGGCAGUUUUACUGUUUUUGAAAUGUAUAAACCAAUAUAUUGGUCCAGCUGAAUAGUAGAACCAUAUUAAAACCAUUUUGAGGCAUGUUCUGAUGUUAAAACCUCAGUAGGUUAGAAAAUAAUGGACACUUAUUAAAAAGUAUAACUUGAAAUGAAAUUAGUCUUUAAAGUCAAUCAGCACGGGGGAAAGCAAAGCUUGAAACUGGGUUGGUUUCUCAAGAAACUGGCUAUGUUCGGAAUAGCAUACUACAAUCCUACUCUUACUAAUGCUGCAGUAUGUAUACUGUGUACACGUUGUGUGAAUUUUCUGUAUGCAUAGAAUACUUGGAUGACUAACUACAUUUGCCAAAAUAGGUAGUAUACAAUAGAGCACACUUCCCAAAUGUACUUUAUCCAAUAAUGUAAUGCGCUUGGCUUGACCUUCCAUUUCCAGUGUUUUUGGUUUGUUCUGAGCAGAAACGGAAUUUUUCGGUUCCGCUGUUCUGUAGCCUCCUUUCCAAAUUGUAAAUGGUGGGAACGAAAUAAAUGAACAGUCAAUAGCAUUCUUUUUAAAAUGACCGUACUCUGUGCUUAGGAUGAAAUACCAGUUGCAGCGUUGCCAGAUCUCGCAAGAGAAACGAGUGACCUGGUCUGGAUAAACAAGCUCAAAAAAGGGGCUUGUCAUACCCAAAGUAUGCAUUCUUCAUAUUAAAUAUAUCCCCUGACUUAUUUCAAGUAUACAUCUGGCCAUCUAAAAUUAAUAGCCCAAAUCUCUCUUUCCUGCAUGCAAACAAUGCGUGGGCGCAUUUGGUCUAAACUCCACCUUAUGUGGACUAAAUAGUUUCGAUUCUCUGUGUACCCACUGAGAGCGCAUGCACAGACUAUGCUCUCUCUAAUGAGACCCAAUUCAGCUUUAUACUGAUUUAAUAACCAACAUUGGGGUAAAACAGAAGGGAGCACACACUCAUUACUCUUGGCUCUUUAGCUGUAAUAAGCCAUAUGAAAUCAAACAUCAAAAGUAAGGUCUAAGUAAAAAAAUAAACUAUGGAUAAUUUAAUUUUAAGUACAAUUCUGAUCUCAGUCAGAACUUGGCAGCAUCAAAUCUAUGUUAAUGCAUCAUAUCUAACAAUAAAUCAGUGAAGACUCUGAAACAGCUGAGAAAUUUACUUUUUACCUCUAAUAUUUUCCUUUGUGUCUGGAUUAACCUUGCAUGUAGGCCUUUAUGUAGUAAUUACAAUAUAUAAAAUUGUUGUAAUAAUAAAAGUAUUUAGCGUGUAAUGGAAGGCUACAUCCACAAUGUGCAGUUAGGCAUAGAAAUGUGUGAUGCAACGGUUUCCUUUAGGAUCAAAGCACAUGCUUAUGUUCUACUAAAAAGAGAGAAGCCUCUUUUUUUCUGGGCAACAGAAAGUGUUAUAAUUCCAAAAAUUUACUGAUAAACCCUUUGGUUUCAUUAAAAUAUUAUCAGAACAAAAUAAACCGGUUAUUGACCAGUUACCAGCAUUUAAAAUUAUGUUUUCACUCUGGAAUGAAAACGUUUUUGAGAACGUUCGUUUUCAUUCCUUGAACUCUUUUAGUCCCUGGUUUAAACAUCUCUUUCAUGACCCAUUAUUUGAUCAGCCUGCCAAAAGACAAGUUUUUACAAAUUUGUGACACAAAAUGUGAUUUUUUUUUUUAGGUAUUCAUGAAAACACUGUAGUUUAAUACUUUGAAAUGUUUAUCGUGGAACAAUACCUGUUUCACAUACGAUUUUUUUUUAUUUUAUUUUUUUUUUAUAAAAUAAGCAACAUAUGGGGUACACUGCACAGUAUCCAAUAAGUAGUAGGCUAGUAUUUCAUUCCGAACAUAACAGCCACUGACUGAGUUCAGAAUGGCGAACUACCAUACUACUCUUAGAAUUUACUACCAUAUAUAGCUAUUGCAGAAAUAGUAAUAGUAUUGUAGUAUACCAUUCCGAACUCGGCCACUACCACUGGUCUUAUUAAAGGAUUUCCCCCCCCCGAAAGUCUUUUAGGAGUUGAAUGCCUCACACCAGUCCUUCCAUUUCAAAAGGUAGCCAUCAUAUGUUAGUUUAACAGCUGGCUGUUUUGUAAUGUUUUCAUACCAACUAUUGGUAUGACUGUAAAGUGCAAUAUGUAUCUACAAUGUGCCUUUUUUACAGUGUGGUUUUUAUACUUAUUGUACAGUACAAAUAUAAUGGCUUUCCAUUAUUGCACAUUGACUGAUUUCUGCAACUUUUGCCUUCAGGUGAACAAAACACUUGAUAUUGCAUGUAAAAUGCUGUUAUUAUAGCAAACACUUUUCUACAGGGAAAAACUAUCCUGAUGCAUACAAUGUAGCUACAUACAAUGACAAGCUUAUCAGGAAUCAACAUAGUUGUAAUUCCACAGUCUCUCAUGGUUAUCUCAGGUAUACAGUGCAUCCGGAAAGUAUUCACAGCGCUUCACUUUUUCCACAU